AUGAAAGCAGUCCCCAAGCAGAAGAUCCGAGAUCAAGGCAUGCUGGCAUACCUCAUGCGCGAAAUCCGGACGCAGAUGCAACUCACCCACCCAUGCAUUGUGCAGUUGCACUACUACUUCGAAGAUGAGCACCACGUUCUUCUUUUGCUGGAGUAUGCCAACGGUGGCUCCCUUUUCUCUCUUCUAAGGCAACAUGGCCAGCUACCUGAAGCCGAAGCGGCGAGGUACUAUGUCGAUGUGGCGCUUGCUCUCAUGCACUUGCACAAGCAUGGGAUUGUGCACAGGGACCUAAAGCCCGAGAACAUACUCAUGUGUGGCGACCCUCCGACAAAGGCCAAGCUUGCAGACUUUGGUUGGUGUGCAGAGCUCGAGAAAGGCGGCGCGCCGCGGAACACGUUUUGCGGAACAUGGGACUACCUCUCCCCUGAGAUGGUGGAGAACCAGCCUCACAACAACAAAGUCGACAUCUGGGCCACAGGUGUUCUCCUCUUCGAGAUGCUGACCGGGAGAGCUCCGUUUUCUGCACCAAGUCCAGCGAAGGCCACAGAUCGCAUUCGCAAGGUGGAUCUGCAGGUGCCUGGUUACGUGCCACCACUGGCCGCUGACUUGAUGCAAAAGCUCCUGGUUCGUGAGCCUGCGAUGCGACCUGGCCUGGACGCUCUGAAGCACAAUUGGAUUGCCCUCCAAGUGCCUGGUACAUCAUUGGAUCUGACCAAGUCCACCGCCGAUGUUGCGGUUGCGAAGCAGCUGGAGCUUGCUGCAAGGCCGCCGACUCCAAACAAGGUUGUGCAGCCACUGGCCCCACUUGCUGCCACAAAGGAGGUCACCGUCGACAGGGGACCUGGGCCGAGCUCUGCUUACGCGGAGGCACCGCCAGAGAGCAGCCCAAACACGGCAUCUCCAGCGUCGACUCUCUCAGUGGCACCCGCUGGAGUUCGGCAUCGAGGCUAUUCCGAUGGAGACGGCAGCAACCAUUCCGUGUCUUCUGCCUCCACAGUUCAGAUACCGCGGCCAAAACCCUCAGUCAUGCCGUGGUCGGACAACACUCCCACCUCGAUCAAGGAGGGAGGAAGUCGCAGCUCCAGCAAGGAGGCGUCUGAGCUUGGCACCCCUGCUGAAGCCAAGAGGGCCUUGGACUUCGGGCUCCCCGACACGAAGGAGAGAGGUGAUGCCUUCCAUCUGAGUCAAGCAGACCAGCUGGGAUUUGGGUUCGGCAUCUGCAGUCGUUCCGGAAGCAAGGACUCAACUUCGAGCGCACGGCUAGGCGGCAAGGAUGCUUCACCGUCUUCACCGUGGUCCGAAAGCGAGACUUUUGCUGCGGUCCGUGAUUGGCUGAAGAGCCCAACGGCCAUUGCCAACGAUCUCGGGCUCGACACCAGGCGCGAGCGGUCUGAUACGGAGCCCUCCGGAAUUUUCCAGGAUGCCUUGAGCCGAACCCACGCCGGCGUGAAGUCAUUGACCACCAAGCCCGAUGCAGAUCCACUGAGCCAAACAUCUUCCAUCUCCAGAGCCGCACAUGCCGAUGGUCGCAUCCUCCCGAAGCCGAAGCAGAAGAUGGCCUCUCCGACUGCCUCGAGACGAUUUUCUGCUGACACUGAACUGGGCGAAGCAAGUAUAGACAUUUCGGUCUUCGCACGACAGGCCAAGCAGCAGCAGCCGCUGGCGCAGCCAAUGGAGUCCGUGGACGACGUUACCAAGUGCCACAAUGCACUCGACAGUCUCCAAGAACGCCUCCAGAGGAAGUGGGAGGCCAUGGUCGCUGGCUGA